AUGUUAGCGUUCGCUUUGAAAGUGUUUUUAUUAACUUCGAUCGCAAGUAGUGAGCGAACCCGCGCGCUAAGUUAUCCGCGUAUGCCGAUGUUUGUGCCAAAACGCGUACCGCGCGUAUUAUUUAUCGAUGAGGACGAUUUUGGCCGCGGCGAAAUCGAUUUAACGGAGAAACGCUAUCCGAAAAUCGAUUUCCAACCCGACUACAAAGGAAACGAUCGAUUGUAUUCGAUCCCAACGUUUUACCAAGGGAGAUUCGGCCGGCCGUACGCCCCGAGUUUCGCCUUCGAACCUAUUCAAAUUGCCCCACCGCGGAAUGGGUUUUACCCCCCCGCAAGUGGUUGGAGGGCCCGCUCUCCCCGUGUUGUAUUCCCAUACAACCCAGAUACGAGCAAUUCGAUAAAUACAAACUCACACACAGCGCCGAGUAUAGACAAUGUUGUGUUUCGUGAACCAAGUAUAGAUGCAAACGACGUUGCUGGCGAGGAUCAGUUGCAGGACAUAAGUGGAGACGCUUUCUCCGAGAGAGGUAUGUUAUGUAAUACAUAUUCGGAUGACAUAAUCGUACAAUAG